AUGAAUGGGCUAAGCUACAAUCAGGUUGUGGAGAAGGUUGUCAAUUCAAGUGAUGAUUCCGAAAGUAAUUUGCUGAGGAAUUUCUUGGAUUUGAAUGCAUCUCAGCUAACACCGCAAGGAAUAGCAGAGCUGCUGUCAGAUCUUGACAAUGAUGGAAUUGCUGUCCUUUUUCGAAACAACCAUUUCCAAACGCUCUCAAAGCACGAGGAUCUGUUGUAUGUUCUAGUCACAGACAUGGGCUUCCUUGGUGAAUCCUCAGUUGUUUGGGAAACACUGGAUAGUGUGGAUGGGAGUUCUACAUUUGUUGAUGCGGCUUAUCAUAUGCCUACUAUCCCUGAUCACAGUACGAACGAGAGCACUGAGUGA